AAACGAUUGGAUAAAGUACAUAGAACUUCGAUCUUUUUCACAAAAACCCAAAAUAAGAGAAAAAGCAAAAAAAAAAAAAAACAGAGCUUUUCAAUUUCAAUGGAGAAAAAGAGAAAUGGUCUGCGAGUGAUUCUCUUCCCUCUUCCAUUGCAAGGUUGCAUAAACCCUAUGCUUCAACUUGCCAACAUCCUUCACUCAAGAGGUUUCUCCAUUACCGUGAUUCACACGCGCUUCAACGCGCCAAAAGCUUCAAGCCAUCCUCUCUUCACUUUCUUACAGAUUUCUGAUGGCUUGUCUGAAACUCAGACUAAAGAUGGUCCUUCUCCGAAUGUUAUGUCUUUGCUUGCACAAAUCAACGUUAACGCUGAGUCUCCGUUUCGUGAUUGCUUGCGUAAACUGUUGCUUGAAUCGAAAGAAUCAGAGAGGGUUAGUUGUUUGAUCGAUGAUUGUGGAUGGCUCUUCACACAAACUGUUGCAGAGAGUUUGAAUCUUCCAAGGCUUGUUCUCUGUACUUUUAAAGCCUCUUUCUUCAAUGCUUAUCCGAGUCUUCCACUUAUCCGAACCAAAGGAUAUUUUCCAGUUUCAGAUUCGGAAGCAGAGGACUCUGUUCCUGAGUUCCCGCCGCUUCAAAAGAGAGAUAUUUCAAAGGUUUUCGGGGAAUUCGGAGAGAAACUUGAUCCGUUCUUACAUGCUGUAGUUGAAACGACAAUGAGCUCUUCAGGGCUAAUAUUCAUGUCCUGCGAAGAGCUUGAGAAAGAUUCGUUGACUAUUGCUAACGAAAUUUUCAAAGUUCCCAUCUUUGCGAUUGGUCCGUUUCACAGCUACUUCUCUGCUUCAUCAAGCAGCUUAUUCACACAGGACGAGACUUGCAUUCCUUGGUUAGGUUGCAUAAACCCUAUGCUUCAGCUAGCAAAGAUCCUUUAUUCAAGAGGUUUCUCGAUCACCAUCAUUCACACGCGCUUCAACGCGCCCAAAUCUUCCAACCAUCCUCUCUUCACUUUCUUACAAAUCCCGGACGGCUUGUCCGAAUCUCAGACUCAAUCUCGUGAUGUUUUGCUUCAACUCACGCUUCUCAACAACAAUUGCGAGAACCCAUUUCGAGAGUGUUUGGCUAAACUCAUCAAACUUAGUUCAGAUUCAGGAACAGAGGAAAGGAAGAUUAGCUGUUUGAUCGAUGAUUCUGGUUGGGUUUUCACACAAUCCGUGUCGGGGAGUUUCAAUCUUCCGAGAUUUGUCCUCUGUGCUUAUAAAUUCUCAUUCUUUCUUGGACAUCUGCUUGUUCCUCAGAUUCGUCGUGAAGGGUUUCUUCCAGUACCAGAUUCGGAAGCAGAGGAUCUAGUUCUUGCGUUUCCACCGCUUCGAAAGAAAGAUCUUGUGCGAAUUAUGGGAACCAGUGCUCAGAGUAAGCCUCUCGAUUCUUACUUGCAGAAGAUACUCGAAGCGACGAAGCCAGCUUCAGGGCUCAUAGUUAUGUCAUGCGAAGAGCUUGACCAAGAUUCACUUGCUGAGUCCAAAAAAAGAAGGAGAAAGAAAGGUUCAAUGGAGAAGAGUAAUGGCCUGCGAGUGAUUGUGUUUCCACUUCCAUUACAAGGCUGCAUCAACCCCAUGAUUCAGCUCGCCAAGAUCCUCCACUCAAGAGGUUUCUCCAUCACUGUGAUCCACACGUGCUUCAACGCGCCAAAAGCUUCAAACCAUCCUCUCUUCACCUUCUUAGAGAUCCCAGAUGGUUUGUCCGAAACAGAGAAAAGAACUAACAAUACCAAACUUCUCCUAACGCUUCUCAACCGGAACUGUGAGUCUCCGUUUCGUGACUGUUUGACUAAACUGUUGCAAUCUGCAGAUUCAGAAACAGGGGAGGAGAAACAGAGGAUUUGCUGUUUGAUCGAUGAUUCUGGAUGGAUGUUCACACAACCCAUUGCUCAGAGUUUGAAACUCCCGAGAUUGGUCCUUAGUGUGUUUACAGUCUCCUUCUAUCGCAGCCAAUUUGUUCUCCCUAAGCUCCGGCGUGAAGUGUAUCUUCCGCUCCAAGAUUCAGAACAGGAUGAUCUAGUUCAGGAGUUUCCGCCGCUUCGAAAGAAGGAUAUUCUACGUAUGCUUGAUGUGGAAACAGAGAUAUUAGAUCCAUUCUUGGACAAAGUUUUGAAAAUGACAAAGGCGUCUUCAGGUCUUAUAUUCAUGUCAUGUGAAGAGUUGGACCAAGACUCACAUUCACUGAGAUAUCAGGAGAUCUACAUUUGGACUGAAAGUCAAAAGGAGAAAGCUUUAAUGGAUAAGAGUAAUGGCCUGCGAGUGAUUCUGUUUCCACUUCCAUUACAAGGCUGCAUCAACCCCAUGAUUCAGCUCGCCAAGAUCCUCCACUCAAGAGGUUUCUCCAUCACUGUGAUCCACACGCGCUUCAAUGCGCCAAAAGCUUCAAGCCACCCUCUCUUCACCUUCUUGGAGAUCCCAGAUGGCUUGUCUGAAACAGAGACAAGCACUCACGAUGUCACACUUCUACUAACGCUUCUCAACCGGAACUGUGAGUCUCCGUUUCGUGACUGUUUGACUAAACUGUUGCAAUCUGCAGAUUCAGAAACAGGGGAGGAGAAACAGAGGAUUUGCUGUUUGAUCGAUGAUUCUGGAUGGAUGUUCACACAACCCAUUGCUCAGAGUUUGAAACUCCCGAGACUGGUCCUUAGUACCUAUAAGCUAUCCUUCUUCAGAAGCCAUUUUGUUCUUCCUCAGCUCCGGAGUGAAAUGUAUCUUCCAUUACAAGAUUCAGAACAAGAUGAUGAUCCAGUUCAGGAGUUUCCACCACUUCGAAAGAAAGAUCUUUUACAAAUUCUUGAUAAAGAAACGGAGAUACUAGACUCGUACAUGAAGAUGAUUUUGGAAACGACAAAAGCGUCUUCAGGUCUUAUAUUUGUAUCCUCCUGUGAAGAGUUGGACCAAGACUCACUGAGUCAAGCACGUGAAGAUUUUCAAGUCCCGAUCUUUACGAUAGGACCUUCUCAUAGCUACUUCCCAGGCUCAUCUAGUAGCUUGUUCACAGUGGACGACACUUGCAUUCCAUGGUAUGCAACCUUUAAUGAUGGUUCUCGUGGAACUAAUCUUAGCUUCCAGAGACAGCUACCGCCACCGCAGCCGCCAAUGUGUCCACGGCAGAUUGAGGCGAUGAUUAAGGACAUAGUUGUGGACGUGGAAUUGUGUUGUCCAAUAUGUCUUGAGGAUUUGAAGAAGGUUGAUGAUAAUAAUGGCCGUGACGAUGAUGAUAAAGUCGUGGUUUGUUUAUCCAAGUGCAAUCAUAGUUUCCACAUGAAUUGCAUUUUUUCUUGGCUUAGACAAAGUCAGGAUUGUCCCAUUUGUCGCAGCUCUGUUUAUAGAGGUGAAGUUACAUUGAUCAAUAAUGGUGUAGGACUAGGAGAUCAAGCCUUAUAAUUUUAACAUAAUUUUGGUUUUCGUGUUUCGUUUAUUAUCUUCACUCACUAGUAUUAUUAUUUUUGUCAUAAAUAUCACUUCCUAUU